AUGGGUCACUCAUUUGACCAUCCAGGACCAUUAGAGUUUAUUUAUAGACUCAAAAAAUAUAUAUUGGGAAAACACUCUUCGGCAGUAUUCAGUUUGCAUAAAAAUGUUGAAGAUGAUGUUAUGACAAAUAAUUUAUCCACCGAACUUCUAGAAAAUAAAAACAUUUCAAAUGAAAAUAAUGCCAAUGAAGCUGAGAAAGACAUUAUACUUACACAAUCAAUUUUUGAUGCAAUACUUGAUGGCAAUGAUUUAAUAUUUGAUGAAGAUGAAUUUGAUUUUGAAAUAAAAAAUAUGAAUGAGAAUAUCAAUAAUGAUAUUAUAUCAAUGGCUGGCUUAGAAUAUAUCACUGGAUUUGUAGCGCAUCAUUUCAGAGCUAAAUAUCCACACUUGAUGUCUAAUGGUGAUAUGAAUAGUUCUAGUUGGAUAGCUUAUGCUUCAAGAGGUAACUUAACAGUGCCCAGUAAUAAAUUGAUGGAUGUGGCCAAGGUAAUGGAGCAUUUUUUUAUACAAUUCCAUGGUGAAUACUUUUCUAAAGACAUUUCAAUAAUUGGAAAAAUAGCUGAUAAAGUCAUAAAUUAUUAUAAAGGAGAUUUACCGGUACCAGAAAAGGUUUUAUUAUACUUAAUACGUACAAGAACUUUUAUUUUAGUUUGUGCUAUUAAUGCUGAGAAUAAACAAAAAUAUGACAACAUGAAGAAAAAUAAGAAAAAAUUGAACAAAGUCAUCAACAUAAUACCUAAACUACACGCAUCCUCCAGUAACCAAGUCAUUUUCAUACCACCAACCAAUAAUCUUAUAAUACAUAAAAGUAAAAAAUAA